AUGAAGGACUUCGCCGAGCUGUUCCAGCACGGGAGAAGCUACAACUACAACCUCGCGAGUGGUUCAUCUGGAGGUGGUCCACUGCAGCAGCAGCAGCCUCUGGCAAUCGAUCUGAAAGUUGUCGACACAAGGUCCGCGAGUAGCAGAAGUUCGAGUACGAGCUGCUACAAUAACCAAACGUAUCACGGAACAAGUCUGCAACCACAGCACGCGGCGCAUGGGGGAUCGGUCAGCAGCGGGUCGGGCGUGGUACAGAUUUUGUUCGCGUAGUUAUGGUGGUCGUGGUCCUGCUCGGAGGUGGUGGUUUUGCAUGAGAUCCUGCUUAUACGACAUUCGAGACUUCCUUUCUUGCUUUCUGCAAGAACGCAAAGAUGAUCAAUCAAUGGUUCUUCGCUAGGUCCAGCCCACUUCCCCCAACCGUCCCUCCUCCGCCUCGCCCCGCGUCGGCAAACAGCAACAACAGCAGAACCAAAACUACACUGCAGGACCACAAACAGCACAAAAUGACAACCCCAACAAGAUCAACCCCCCCGCCGCCCAAAACCGGAUUCUGCAAUGUCUGAAGCUCUAUGGUUUCGAAAAACCGACGAAACUGCAGGCCCACACCAUCCCCGCAGUUUUCAACGUGGUGUCCACCGGCAGCGGGUUGACAGCUGCCACAACAGCCUCUCACAGCAGUAGCAGCAGCAAUCGCGAGCAGGGGAAGUCCUGUGUGGUGAUCCAGGGGCCACCGAAAUCCGGCAAAACCUCCGCCUUAGCGCUCGCGGUCGCCGCGGGGGUCAAUCCGCUGAUUAAACACUGUCAGGCGCUGGUGUUGUGCAUGAGCGAGCGGAGGGAUUUCGAGAAGUUUUUCAACGUGUUUACCAUGCUGCAUCCGGUCAAGUUGUGCUCUUUGUACGACGACAAGAAUAGUAGUUCGGGCACAGGUAUCAACUGCAAAAAUGUCUGGGUCUGGAAGAUUGCCAGGUUUGUCAUGCAGGUUUUCUAUGGCCCAUAAGGUUUAGAAUGCAACACCUAGCAUGACAAAUUCUUUGAGACCUCUAUCAUGCCCGUUCUGCAUGCGAAAUUCCCUCUCAAUUUCGUAAAAAAGGACCGCUAUUGGUAAUCACGCAACACAGAUUUUCUGCAUGGUGUUGAUGCAGAUUUAGCAUGACAAGUUCCAGACCCAGACAUUUUUGCAAUUCAUAACGGGCACUGCGGCGGGCAUUGGUGUAGUUGGUGGAGUCGGUGCUGGUACCACCACUACGGGAGGACAUCUUGGAGUUAUUGGUGCUCAACAUCCGAUGGAGGCGUGGAGUGGACUGGGAGUUGGCAAUCAGGGACCAGGUGGCCCGAUGGAUAUUGACGAGACGGGGUCUGUUGCGAGUGGGCCGCACAGACCGAAUUUCAACCGUACAAACUGAGAGGUUUUCUUACGAAUACUGAAAUGCGAAAAUUUACGUGCUGACUAUGAUUUUUCUCCAAAUCUACAUUCUGCCUCUUCCAAACAAAAACAAAGGUACUCACCUUCCGGAAAACCACCACCCCGCCACCUUCUCCCCUUCUUCCGACCACAUCGGCGCACAGGUGAUUGCCGGCAGACCCGGCGACGUGUUGAAGUUUUUGAACACCCAGGAUGUCUGCCUCGACUACAUUUCAGUGCUGAUUCUCGACGACGCACAAGAUUUAUGUACUAGUACGAUAGGGGGUAAUGCUGGAGGUGGAACUAGUGUACUAGACCGAGCCGCGUCCGCCUCGUCGGACCAAACUCCUAUCCCAGUAGUUGCUGCAGCACAUCUUCUACCGCACGGAAAAACUGUCUCAGUCCCAAACCUUUGCAGAAACUUGCUCGGCAUGACACGGAAAACCUGUGAUGCGUCAGGCACAAAAAAAAAAACAUAAAAGACGACUCUUUUGCUUGUCGAGUAUGACAAAAACUGUCUCCAGGAAGUUGCGCAUUACAAGUUGAGACUGAGACAGUUUUUUCUCAGGAUAACAUCAGAAGACCACAACCCAGAUGGACGAAGUGAUUCAGGUUUCCCACCUCGUAGAGUGCCGGAUUCUGUAUCUGUCGGCAAAAGAGUAUCGUACUCCUCGUAGUUGCAGUCAUGCGUGACAAAUCCAACUUUCUACCUGAACUACAGCUAGCAUGACAAAUUGCGCUUCUGUAGUUUUUGAGAAAAUUUGUGAUGCGAUGCCUACUACGUACAAAGGCUUUUGCAAUCUGCAUAUUCUCGCACAGAAGCUGAAGUACGUGCUGUCGAGUCAAAUGAUCAACGCGGGUGGAGCAGCAGUAAACGGUCCACCUGGAACUUCCUCCUCCAGCUCCACAACCACCACUCAACAAUCCGCGGCGAUGCAACAGGCCCUGCAGCAGCAACAGCGGAAAGUUCUCCGGAUGCUGAAGUCGUCGGUGAUGAAAAAGAAAAACCUCUUCUCCGUGAUGCCCUAUGAAUUGCAAAAGCAUCAUGAUCGUACUAGUAUAAAUUGCAUUACAAAUUUGCUCAGCAUGAAAAAUUGAAUUUGUAAUGCUGUUUCACAUUGGAAAGGAAAUUUGUCAUGCAUACCUGCAAUUAGUACGAGUGCGAUACUUUUGCACAGGAUAUGCCCGAUUUACCAACGAAGCUCCGGUCCAACGUGAAGCACUAUGUGGUGGAGGCGAAGUCCGAUUCUUGGUGCAAAAUCUUGAAAGGACUGGUCAACGCGUUGUUGUUUCCGAAAGCGGUGGUGUUUUGCGACGACAAGAAGAAACUCGACUUGUUCCCGGCGAAAAUGAAGGAACUGGGAUUGCAGACCUCGGUGAACUUGAGUUACCAAUCCAUGAACAACUUAUUACACCACCAGCCGGGGGGAGCAGCGGCCGCGAUGGGUGGAAAUCAUGUCGUUCAUCAAGGUGGGCCACUCUAUCAGCAAAAUUUAAAUUACGGCCAGGUUAGUAUGGAAAACAAAAGGUUAGAAGCGGUCACGGAUUUUCACCAGGGGAAGACGAAAUUCCUCUUCACCGUGUCCGAGCCGUCGCUGUGUAAGUCGACCUAUCAAAUGAAAAUAUGUCUGGGUCUGGAAGCAUGCAACUUGUUAUGCUGCAUUUGGAUUCCCAAAAAAUCUGUAUUGCUUGAGCUCCUGCAGAGGGAAUGUACUUAAGUUUUGCUAUGCGGAGAUGGCAUUUGUCAUGCGUAAUAGGGAUCAAGUUCAAGACGCCCUCAUCAAAAAUCUGUGAUGCUAGGACAUGAAUCACAGACAUCAUGGCUCAUGCAAAACGUGCAUGACAAGCCUCAGAAUCUUGAUCUUCCAGACCUAGACGUAUUUGCAAUUGAUUCGACCCAAUUGACCACCAGCUGCGUCUUCCAUCUAGAUUUGCCGCAGGAAAUGCUCUCGGUGUACGCGGUUAGACUCCUCGCCUUGGACGCGAACCCAAAUCGGGAGGUGGUGUCGGUGCUGUUUGUGGAAAAGGCGUAUCAACUGCAAAAAUGUCUGGGUCUGGAAGAGUGCAUGUUUGUCAUGCUUGUCUGGCAUGACUCUCAAAUCUGUCAUGCACGUUACCGAAGAGCGCCAUUUUUCUGUCAUGCAGAAACGCAGUUUCUCAUGCAGAAUAGGUAACACCUAGAAGCUCCGAAGCUUGUCAAUGUCAUGCUGAGCCAGAACUUGUGGCCUCCUCAUGAUACGCCACCCAGCAUCACAAGUUUCCAGACCCAGACAUUUUUACAUUUGAUAAGGCGGCGAAACUGGUGCCGGAGCUGGGGAAGUUGUUCAACGUGCAAUUUUUGGACAUGCCGGUGGAGUUCAUUCCGAUGUAGCGAGAACGAUACGUCGUCUGCGUCGGGGUAGUGGAAAAGUGAUGAAUUUUCGACCAGUUAUUUAUCCGCAGAUAGGCGCCAAUUUUUUCGAGUUGCUUUUUUGUCGCUUUAAGUAAUUUUUGCGCUUUGGCUUGAGAAACUUCGAGAGACGUAAAGAUCUCCUGCCAUUCGUACGAUAGAUGGCCAGCGGUAGAUGCAAAAUCACCGCGACGAAGAGUGAUACGCGACAAUGCGCAUACGCUUGCCUUGAUGACUUUUAAAAUAGGAAGAUGGCUCGAAAAUCGAAAGAUCGCUAUCAAGAU